AUGGCGACUCAGUCUGCACCCCGCCGUGUUACUUUCAUUGUCAAUGACGACGACGAGAAGUUUAUUAUCGUCAUCCCCGAGGAAAUAAUUACUGCUGAUCAGCUGAAAAACGUUGCUCGAAAUUUCCAACGCGUCGCCGAUGAAGAUUGCUCUAUUGUCUACGAUAGUGAGACUCGAACUUUUCGCUUGUCCCAGAUGGCUGACGGCGAAGCUCUCGAGGCUCCUCGCUACACACUUGUCGGACAUGCCAAAGGUAACAAUCCCACUCCUGCUUCCAAAAUGAUAUGA